GCAGAAAUUGAAAAGGAGAGACAACUGAGAGAAAAACUGCUUGAAGAAAAGGAGGAAAAGAUAAACAAGGAACAUGAGGAGAGAAAGAAAGAACAAGAAAUGAGAGAAGAAGAAGACAGGAAGAGAAAGCAAGCUGAAGAAUUACAACGACAGGAGUGGAGACAAAAAGUCGAAGCUUUGGUGCAAAAAUUAAAGUUGGAGUCAGAAAUAAAGGACAGAGAGCUGAAGGAGAGCAGAGAUGGGAUGAAAAAAGAACGAGAGAACUGGGAGAGAAAACAACAAGAAUGGUGGGACAGAAGAUAUCAAGAAGAUGAACAAAGACGACAAGAGGAACAAACAAGACUUAGAAAACUUCAAGAAGAGUACGAACAAGAAAGAAAGAGAGAUAAAAAUCAGAGAAUCAAAGAGGACCGAAUCAGAAGAGAACAAGAGGAAAAAGAGAGAAAAGAGUUGGAGGAGAAACAGAAAGCAGAAGUUGAAAAGGAGAGAAAUCUGCGAAAGAAACUACAUGACCUACUUGAGGAAAAGGAGGAGAAGAUAGAAAAGGAACGAGAGGAGAGAAGGAAGGAACAGAAAAAGAGAGACGAAGAAGGCAGGAAGAAAAAGCAAGAGGAAGAAAUUCAGCGACAGGACUGGGAACAAAAAAUUCAAGCUUUGGAGCAAAAAAUAAAAUUAGUGGCAGAAUCAAAGGAAACAACUGACAGAAAGCUGGAGGAGAGCAGAGAAGAGAUGAGAAAAGAACGAGAGAACUGGGAGAGAAAACAACAAGAAUGGUGGGACAGAAGACAUCAAGAAGAUGAACAAAGACGACAAGAGGAACAAACAAGACUUAGAAAACUCCAAGAAGAGUACGAA